UUGAAGAUCUGCACUAUCCUUAUUGAAGAGGCAUAAUACCCGCGAUAUUAUCAUGCCUGCGGUGGCUUCAGUACCUAAAGACCUAUACCUCUGCACUUCAUUGAAAGAUCUUAACAAAAAGACUGAAAUAAAACCUGAGAAAACCAGCACUAAGAGCUAUGUACAGAGCGCCCUUAAGAUCUUCAAAGCAGCCGAAGAGUGCCGGUUGGAGAGAGACGAAGAGAAGGCGUAUGUACUUUACAUGAAGUACGUGACGGUGUAUAAACUUAUCAAUAAGAGGCCUGAUUUCAAACAGCAACAGGAUUACUUUCAUUCGUUACUUGGAACUUCAAACAUUAAAAAAGCCAUUGAAGAAGCUGAAAGACUUUCAGAGAGUCUUAAACUCAGAUAUGAAGAAGCGGAAGUACGGAAGAAACUGGAAGAAAAGGAGAGGCAAGAAGAACUGCAGUUGAAAAAACAGGAAGCAAAAGAUGACACGAAGGCGUCGGCCAAAACCUCUUCAGAGGCUUCCUUGGAUUCCAAAGGGAAAAAUCAAAUGAUCAACGGUGAGAAGAAGGCAUCAACGGAAAAGAAGGAUCAGCCUGAAACCGGAGGGAUCACGGCGGAGAAGCUGUUCACGAUGAUGAUGGACAAGAGCGUCAAACUAAUGGUCAUGGAUACCCGAAGCCUGAAGGAUUAUCAGGAGUCCUGCAUUAUAAACUCCGUCAGCGUUCCAGAAGAGGCUAUCAGUCCCGGUGUCACUGCUAACUGGAUUGAGGCUAAACUCCCCGAUGCCUCCAAAGAGCCCUGGAAAGAGAGAGGACAAGUCAAUUAUAUUGUUCUGCUCGACUGGUUUAGCUCUGCAAAAGACCUGCAAUUAGGAACACCCCUGCGGAGCCUCAAAGAUGCACUUUUCAAGUGGGAAAGUAAAGCCAUACUGCAGAAUGAGCCCUUGGUCUUAGAAGGAGGGUACGAAAACUGGCUCCUCUGCUAUCCCCAGUACACAACAAACGCAAAAGUAACUCCACCCCAACGCAGCAAGAACGAAGCAGUGUCUGUCUCCUUGAAUUUUACUUACCCGACCUUGGAAGAGCCACCUCCACCUGCGGUACCAGUUGUCCGUGUAAAACCUUCCGUUGUGGAAACGACCGAAAGACCUGAAACGGCAAAUGACAAGGAAGGGAGAGGAGAGGCGCUGAAACCAGCUACUCCUGCUGGAUCAGUUGCUGCUGCUGCUAAGUCUGAUGGCAUAUCUUCUGUAGCCCAGCCAGCAUCUGCUGUGAAGAUUAUUCCUCAGAUUGAUCGUACAAAAAAGCCUUCAGCAAAAAUUCCAGAUGAUGCUAAUAGGUCAAAAGCUGAGAGCCCGACCGUUGGCAAGCAAAUGCUCUCAAAUGGAAGAGUGAUUCCAGAUCGUUCCACAAAGCCCCCAUUGGAUGCAAAACCCAGUCUGGCAGAGGAAGAGAAAAGCCACGGGUUGACCGAGAAGAAGAAGAGCAAGCCAGAAACCGAUCUGCAGGAGAAAAACCAGGAAGAACAGAGAGAGAGGCUGAGGCAGGAGAAGCAAGACCAAGGGCAGAAAGCCAGAGAGGAACAGGAAGAAAAGGAGAGCAAGGAAGGCCUCCAGAAAGCCAAAGAAGAAAUGGAGAGGGGGGAGAGAGAACCACAGGCCAGCAAGGAGGCAGAUGAAAAGGAGGAGCUGGAGAAAGCCCCCAUAGAGCUAACGGAAGUGAAAAAACCAAGUCAAAUUGGGAGCGAAACCCCCGAAGGCAAGAAAAAACUAGACAUUGCCAACGAAAAAGAAAAGGUUACUCGGACGCCGGAAGCACAAAGGCGGAAAUUUGCAGAGGAGUCUCGGGCGGCCGUUAUCUCCGGCAAGCACACUGGGCUUAAAGGACAUCCAGAAACAGAAUCUCAAAAGCCAGGAGCUGGUAGAGAGGAUACUGAACAAGAUUCUGAAAAAAAUAAAUCCCAGCGGGAGCCGUUGACAAGGGCACGGAGCGAAGAGAUGGGCAGGAUCGUACCAGGACUGCCUUCUGGUUGGGUAAAGUUUCUUGAUCCGGUCACGGGCACUUUCCGCUACUAUCAUUCGCCAACCAACGCCGUCCAAAUGUACCCGCCAGAAAUGACUCAGUCAGCCACGCCGCCUUCUACGCCGCCGACUCACAAGCCGAAGCCUCAGGCCGUUGUCGACCAGCGGGAGAGGGAACACUCCAAGCUGAAGCGCUCUUACUCUUCGCCAGACAUCACCCAGGCUAUUCAAGAGGAAGAGAGGAAGAAAAUCACCCUGACUCCUGCGGUUAAUCGCGAGAAUAAGCCGUCAAACUAUACCAAAGCUGAAAUAUCGCGGCUUUCCGCUACACAGAUUCGUAAUCUCAACCCCGUUUUUGGAGGACUGGGACCGGCCCUGACAGGCCUUCGGAACUUGGGGAACACCUGCUACAUGAAUUCUGUGCUGCAGUGUCUUUGCAACACGCCGCACCUGGCGGAUUACUUCAACCGAAACUGCUACCAAGACGAUAUCAACAGGUCAAACCUCUUGGGGCACAAAGGUGAAGUGGCAGAGGAGUUUGGCAUAAUCAUGAAAGCUCUCUGGACCGGGCAGUACAGAUAUAUUAGCCCAAGAGAUUUCAAAGUCACCAUUGGGAAGAUCAACGACCAGUUUGCAGGGUACAGUCAGCAAGACUCUCAAGAACUGCUCCUGUUCUUAAUGGACAGUCUCCACGAAGACUUAAAUAAAGCCGACAACAGAAAGCGCUAUAAAGAAGAAAACAACGAUAACCUGGAUGACUUCAAAGCGUCCGAACUCGCCUGGCACAAGCACAAGCAACUCAACGAGUCCAUCAUCAUCGCGCUCUUCCAGGGCCAGUUCAAAUCGACGGUGCAGUGUCUGACGUGUCACAAAAAGUCCCGGACGUUUGAGGCUUUUAUGAACCUGUCCUUGCCCCUUGCGUCCACUAGUAAAUGCACUCUACAGGAAUGCCUUAGAUUAUUCUCCAAAGAAGAAAAAUUGACAGAUAACAACAGAUUUUAUUGUAGCCAUUGCAAGACUCGAAGAGAUUCUUUAAAGAAGAUAGAAAUUUGGAAGCUGCCUCCGGUUCUUUUGGUGCACUUGAAAAGGUUUUCCUAUGACGGACGAUGGAAGCAGAAGCUACAAACAUCUGUUGAUUUCCCUCUGGAAAGCCUUGACCUUCAGCAAUACGUUAUCGGUCCAAAGAUUAACUUGAAGAGAUACAACCUGUUUGCAGUAUCUAAUCACUACGGAGGGCUGGACGGAGGACACUACACAGCAUACUGCAAAAAUGCUGCCAAGCAGCGGUGGUACAAGUUUGACGACCACGAAGUCUCCGACAUCUCCUCGUCGUCGGUGAAGUCCUCGGCUGCUUAUAUCCUUUUUUACACUUCUUUUGAACAGCGAGCGGCUGACCUAGCCACGUAAAGUGACGUCACUGGAGAAAGUU